AUGCUCACAGCCGGCGGCUUCAAUCGCGAGGAUAAGUGGGGCCAUCGCGCAGGUGAGCCCAACAAGGCCGUUGUAUGCAGUCUAGCCCUCGCGCGUCUUCGUAGCGAUAUACGAGGCACAGAGGUGGGUGGUAGUGUUGUGGGGAUGGCUCAAAAGCUCCUACUUUUCUGGCGAAAGCCUGCCAGAAGAUGUUGGUGGGAGGGCCUAGAGCUUGACAAUAUUGAGGGGGUUGACGGCAAAUUGAAGGUGUGGAUUCGGCGAGUAUGGACUCUCGAGAUGAGCGUGAUUGGUCUUCAGUGA